GUUCGAACUGACUUCCAUUGCGGAUAUGGCAAGUAUAUCUGGAUUGAAGAACUGUCCAAAUAGCUAUUAUCGGGCACACACCAGAAAAAGGUAUCAGAAACGCCAGACACAAAUCUAACAAGCCACACGAUGGAUUCUAUUUUCCUGAACCUCACUUCUGAUAUAACCCUUCAUGCGCGUAUCUCUCGACCUGCUGCCGGCAGCCAGAAACCACUUCUGAUUUUCCUCCACUACUGGGGUGGUUCCUCUUCGACAUGGCACAAGCUCACAUCGCCUGAUUCACCCACCUCACUGAGCUCAAUAUAUCCGAUUCUUGCUGUUGACCUCCGGGGCUGGGGCAAGUCAACUGGUCCGUGUCAGGAGAGUGGAAAUUCCUAUUCGAUCUCGGCCUUGGCGUCAGACGUGGCGCUUACUUUAGAGAAGCUGAAAGCAGACGACGGAACGAAUGACCUCCUCCAGCACGGACUCAUAUUCGUCGGUCAUUCAAUGGGAGCAAAGGUAGCCCUCACGACACUAUCUGCGCUCCCCACGCAUCUGCUGCAAGAACUAAAGGGCCUGGUGCUGGUAGCCCCAGCGCCACCAACGGCUCUCAGCCUUCCUCCAGAAAUGAAGGAGCAACAAAAAGUUGCAUACGAGACGAAGGAGUCUGUGCGGUGGACGGUUGAGAACGUGCUUUCUAACCCAGAGAGGCUGAGUGAGGCGGACAUCGAGUUGGUGAUUCACGACAGCUUGAGUGGAAACCAGCUCGCGAAAAGAGCCUGGCCUACUUAUGGCAUGUCGGAAGACGUCUCUGGUGGCGUGCGGAAUGCGCUCGCCUCUAUCAGGAACGCUGGCGUUCGGGCUAGCAUUCUGGCCGGGGAAUUGGACGUCGUCGAGCCCCAAGACCGGGUGGAUACUGAAGUCCGUCGGUUUCUCGCAGAAAAUGGAGUUGUGAGUUCGUUAAAGACCUGUGCGAGUGUGAAACAUUUGCUGCCAUUAGAAUGUCCUGAGCUUAUCUACAACGAGAUUUGUCUUUAUUGAGUACCAUCGUUGAUUCAGCCUGACGAUGGUUCUUUGCACUUCCAUGUAUCCAUCGUGAAUAUAUAUCACCUGGUCUCGCAUCACGCUAGCCGCUGUUGAGUAUUCUUGUCACAUUUAAUAAUGCAUUCUGGGAGUCAAGGCAUGCAGAGCUCUUUUGCUUAUCCUUCACACUUGGUAAGUUGUUUGUAGAGUAGAACAUAUAUCCAGCAAUGU